UGACAGCUGUCAACUGUCGCAUUCGUAUUUGUUUGAAAUUUUUAGAAUACAAAAUUCAGCAUAACCAGUGAAACAAAUAAUCAUUUUGGUAGUAUUUUAUUAUUUGUGUUGUUUGAAUUUAUUUUAAGAUGAUGAUCUAAAACAAUUCAAUUAAUUAAACUCUUCAUACAUCAAAAGCUGCUAAACCUGUAGCUAUUCGGACAAUUUUCUCAAGGCUAUUGAGGUUGUGAAGACUACAACUUUUAAUAACAUUUUAACACCUGUUUUUUUGUCAAAACAUAAGUUCCUGUUUGACUCACAAAGGGGUGCUCUUUUUACGAUAAUUAUAUAUUAAGCCACAAGAUGCCCAGAACUAAAAAGGUCAGUUCAACUAUACCAAAAGUCCCAGAUAUCGGUACAGAAAAGCAUAUGAGUUCAAGUUUUAGUAUGAAAGAUCAUCUGCUAAAACUCCUGGAUGAAGAAGAAAAGAGAGCUUUAGAAUCAUUAAAUAAAAUGACAGAAAACCAAAUGUUAGAAAGUGAGAAAGUUUUCAUAGAAUGGAAGAAAGAUAUCCCAGUCAAACUGCUAAAUAAAACUAUAAUCGAAAUAAUGAACUAUGACUUUGAAAAUACUCUUUCCUCAACACUUGCUGUUAGUGGUAAAAGCCUGAACAGCACAAGAACUGUAUCAAAUAAUAAACAUCAAAUCACCAACAGCACUGUUUCCGGUUUAGAGGAACAAAAUCUAGAAAAGACGAGAGUGGUUUCCAAAACUAGAAGAAAUCUAAGAAGUAUGUCAGCUAGUGGAGGCGAUGAAGGUUAUACUACUGAAAGUAGCUGUGGAACUAAUUCAGGUGUCGGUGCGACCAGUUCAACCAGACAAUCAAGGUCAAGAACGAAAACAGCUAAGCAAUCAGUAUCAAGAUCUCUCUCCAGAAAUGUUAAAACCCCAGUAAACAGGUGCCCUCUGCCCUCCACUGGAAGUAUCACUCCCAAGUGCAAGACCAAUGUGCCCCUUAUGUGGGGAAGACGACCAAGAGUUGGUGAAGUUGGCUGGUCAAAUCAAGGUUCUCCUCUCUUGCUUACUGGUGUUCUUGCCCCAGAACAGACAGCAACCAUUAAUAUACCUAUAGGCAAUGGUGAUCUCGUAUCACUGCAACCUACCGCUCAUACAUUAAAACCAUCGGAUCUACCCCAUAUAGAAGACGACACCAAGAAGGAACUUCUAAUAUUAAGGGAUACUUUGAUAAAAGUCUGUGCAACCAUGUCACAUAAAUAGAUUAACAUUAAUUAGUUUUA